CCCCAGGGGAAUGUUCUGUCAUGUCCUGUUUAAGCCAGUUUUGCGUCUCUGAAAUGUUAGAUGGUAAUAAUAAGUUUGCUUGCGAAGAGUGUAGCAAACGAGCGCAACGAGUGAACGAGGGCAAAGGAGCCAGUGCGGCGAAACGUGACAAUAAGGAUGACGAUGAUACUGGAGACUCGUCUUUAGAAGACGAACCAAAAGGUGCAACGGCAAGUAAACCUUCGACGAGCAAGAAGAAAGAUUCUAAGCACCGGACUGUGUACACGGUUGCUAGUAAACAGAUGCUUAUCUCUCUCGCUCCUCCAGUGCUGACCCUUCAUCUGAAGCGCUUCCAGCAGGCUCGCUUCACUUUAAGAAAACUCACUAAACAUGUGGACUUUCCUGUGGAGCUGAACCUGGGGCCGUUUUGCAGUAGAAGUGGAAAGACUCGACCUGACUCAGAAGGACAAGUGUUGUACUCACUGUACGGUGUGAUUCAACACAGUGGCAACAUGAACAGUGGGCAUUACACAGCUUGUGUUAAAGUGAGGGAGCCACCUGUCAAAGGUCUUUAUGACAAGAUAACCAGCAUGAGUGAAUUAACUGAGUUUAUAAAAAACAUGUGGACUGCUGGGAAGACCGGUGUCAAACAUGGCAAUUCAAGAUGUCGUCAUGAGCCUGCUCCAGAUGGUCAGUGGUUUCACGUCAGUGACGCGAGCGUGGUGGCAAUAGCGGAGACGAAAGUGCUUAAGAGUCAAGCAUACAUGUUAUUUUACGGACGGCUUCCUCUUGGAAGCAGAUGAUUAAUAUGUGACCAGAGUGUCAUGUUGAGCAUUUUAUAGGAUUGGAACGGUUUCUGUCAGGCUUUCUCACCAACGACUCAAGAACUUAUUUGUGUUGCUUUUGCAUAUGUUAGUUCACUAGAUCAGUGAAGCGCAGUCUAACCAAUAAACGGAUUCGAUUGUUGCCACCCAAUUCAGAUGAUGUGAUGAAUCAUUUGGAAGGUUACAAUUGUUCUGUUUGUACAUACUCCAGGAGCCCAUGACUCCUGAUACUCCCAUGCAAUUAGUUGGGUCUGGCAAAUUGCAUGAGUGUAACCGCCCCUCUAAGGAAUCAUCAUGUGGUCUGGAUGGGGUGGCAACAAGGCUGUAAACACGUCAGCCGAAACCCUCCAUUGAGCGUUUUCACCCACGUGACCAGCAGCCAUGCCAGAUAAUUGGAACAAAAGAAAGUGAUUACAUGAGAAAUGAGUUGAAUUCCCAGGGGAUUGGUUUGGGUGCCCCAACAUGGCCGCCGUUGCAUUGAUUUGGAACACCUAUAUGGCUGCCAUGACGUCACGGGAAAACACUCUAUCAACCAAUCUGAAGCAAAGCAAACCAAUCGUUGACUUGGCUUACCCCCGUUUUUCCCGCGCUUGGCACUAGGUGCAUUUUUUUGCCUCGAGUUCUGAUUGGCUCUUUACAUUAUUUGCAUUUCCUGUGAUUGGCCAAUGGUGAUGACUUCUGUUUCGAUUUUAAGGCCCAGUUAUUAGUGAAAGUUUAAAGUUAUGGUUGUUCUAAGGCAGCCACUACCCUUACAAAUAGGAAUAUAAGCAAGUUAUGUAAGUAAACUCGAAGGCGGCAAGGACGGAAAAGGUGACGUGAGCAACCUAUUUUCACGAAUGCUUUUGGUUUGCACCUGGUUGGUAGAAAUGGUCGUCAAAUAUUUCACGAGUUCUUGAACUUGUUACUAAGCUCCGCAAAGGCAAAGACAUACUAAGUACUUUGCUUUCAAAAGUAGCUGGUAACGCAA